UCGUGGGGUUUUUAAAUUUAUUUUUCGUGCUAAAUCUUUUUUAAAACUAUGAAAUAUCGAUGUGCUGAUAAUAUCGGGGGAAAUACUACUGAUUACUCCGUAAGGCUCCUUAUCGAUAACAUUGAAUCAAGGAAACGAAAAUGCAGCAGAGGCAGGCAGACGAAAAGAAACCGUCGUCACGGCUCGGAGUUCCGCGAGUACUGGCCACAGGGGGGCGCCGCUCCCACAGCCAAAAUCUUUCGGAGUCUUUGCGCUCAAUUGCCAAGCUCAGCGUGUAGCCUCAGAGACUUGGCCCAAAAUGUCCGGGUCCUGCUCGGAGAUCAAGCUGCGGAAAAGAGCUCUAUGCGUCUCCUGGCUUUCCUGGGCCCUCUGGGGCAGCUUGGCCCUGACUCCGGCUUGCGGGUACGUGAUCGUGAAUUCGGUCUCCUGGUCUGUGCCCAACGAGGUGGAAGAAGAGCUGGACAGCUCCUCCAACGAAGAGGCUCUCCCCGCCCUCCUUGAAGACACCAGCAGCAUUUGGAAGCAGAGUUACCCGGCCUCAGUGUACCAAGAAGAAGAGGAGAUGCGGACCAGGCCGGGAGCGGGGAGAUCGAAGCAAAUCUCUUCACCGUCGCGGAUGUUUUCUUACCGGAGGGAGAGCUCCAAAGGAGCAGACAGCCCAGCGCUUCCUCCGGAGCAAGCAGCCAGAACGGCCCGGUUAAUGAUGCAUCGCCACGGCUGGGGCUUCUUGGCCACGAUAUCAAGCCAAGAAAAGAUCCAAGGUACACCAUUUGGGACUUGUUUAUCUAUCAGUGAUGGCCCCACAGACAACAGCACUGGGAUUCCUUACUUUUACAUGACUCCAAAGGAUAAAACUGUAGCUGACCUGGUGAAAAACUCAAUUGCUUCAUUGACAUUACCUGAGGCAGAAGGAGAUUUUUGCAGAAAAACAAUUGUUGAUCCCAAUGAUCCAAGGUGUACUAGGCUAACCUUUAUUGGAAAGAUGGUUACAGUGCCUCCAGAAGAACUGGAAUCUGUCAAGCAAGCUCUGUUUUCUAGGCACCCCAUAAUGAGAAAAUGGCCUCGCAAUUAUGAAUGGUUCUUUAUGAAAAUGAAUAUUGAACAUAUAUGGCUACAGGACUGGUAUGGAAGAAUUACAACUAUUACUUUGGAGGAAUAUUUCAAAGCAGUUCCUAGUAAAACAUAAUUGAAUUUUAAAGUAUGAGAAUUCAGCUUUUUCAUAUUUAAUUCAGAACAAAGAGUGUUAUAUACCAUGUUAUCAAGUAUUUAUUUAAUAAUAUUUAUGUGCAAAGUUUUGAAUGUGGUUCCAUCUUAACUGGAGCAGACUUACUUUUGAACAUUAGAAAAAAAACUGCAGAUGUUAAACAGUCUGGAGACAGAUCAUAUUAAGUUAUUGCUUAAGAUGUUUUGAAUACUUUUGGAUUUUUAUAAAUAUGAAUCUCACAAGAUUUAUUGUAAUAAUAAAUUCUAAAACUGGAUAUAAAUUGCAAACCUAGAUGUAAUGAGUGGUAUAAUGAUUGAUAUAUUAUUGUCCCUAACUGCUUUUAAUCAAACAUCUAGUAACAUAUUUUACAUAUGUUGCAUUUUAAUUCAAUUUAUAUUACAGAUUUAAUUUUUCCAUAACUACAGAUUUAUCUUUUAAAUGAACAAUUUAGAAAUAGCUUUAUGAAAAAAAAUAGAAAAAAGCUAAGAUCUGUAACUUUCCAGAAAUCAUUAGAUAAUUUACUUCAUUUCAUUAUCUCAGACCAACAUACAAAAUAGUAAGAAUACAGCUGGCAGUUAUGGUUCUGCACGUAAAUAUUACUGUAAGAACCUGCCUCAGUUAAGCCCCCCAAAAAGCAGAACUCUUGAAACUUGCAUUAUCUCAACAGGAACUUUUAUUGGAAGGUAUAGAUAGCAGGAUUGUAAGGCAGGAUCUGAGGAUUUCCCACGCGAAACAUUACAUGAAGAGAACCCUUUCAAACCCCACCCCAAAUGUCCAACAGGCCUGUUUGAAUUGAACCAAUCAAUACAUAGGUGUUAAAUUGUUGUGGGAAAGAACCGAUAAGAUGCCAUUCUCAAGGCUAUCAGGUUUCUCUGCGGUUUCUUCCCAUCCGACUGGAGAUAAGGCAGAGGGCCGGAGGUACAUUCCUUUCACACCCCAAGUGAGAUACUUCAAAGAGGAUAAAACAGUGGUGGCGAACCUAUGGCACGCGUGCCAGAGGUGGCACUCAGAGCCCUCUCUGUGGGCAUGCACGCUGUUGCCCCAGCAGAGUUUGCCAGAGCAGCAAA